AUGAUGAAUGCCGUAUUGUCUGGCAGGGAGUACGCGCCUCAGUUUGCCCUGAGGAGUUAUUUCUAUCUGCUACCUUCUGUAACUGCGGCGAGGGCGUCGGAGAUAUUUUUGUCCUUAUUUGGCCAAGGGAACGACAAACCGCAGAUCUGGCUGGGAGUGAGGCUGUUUCAUGUUUUGUGCUGCACGUUGUGCGAGGUGCUGAUGUACCUGGCCGUCAAGCAAAAGUUCGGAAGGCGUGCAGGAGGCUUCUUCCUCCUCUUGUCCGCCACGUCUGCUGGCAUGUUCGUCUCUGCCCCGGCACUUCUCCCAUCGUCAUCAAGCAUGACGCUCUUCAUGCUUGUCAUGGCGAUGUGGCUCAAGGGGCAGUUCAGCCGUGCGAUUUUGGUGGCCAUGCUGUGCGUGUUCGGUACGGGCUGGCCGUUCGUUGGUGUCAUCUUCAUUCCGAUGCUGCUCAACUGCGCUUGGCUACGUUUGAGGCGAGGGACAUCGUUCGCCGAGGGUCUUGGGGCGGCAACCGCAUCGGCUACGUGGGCCGUGAUUUGCGCAGUCGCUGUCGCAAGCUUGGCGACAUGGAUUGAUAGUGGCUGGUACGGUCGGAACACCUCCCCAACGUUCAAUAUCUUACGGUACAACGUUCUGGACGCCGGCGAGGGCCGAGGUGACGAGCUUUAUGGCGUAGAGCCAGCAUCGUACUACGUGAAGAACCUCUUCUUGAACACCUCCGUAGCCUUCCCUCUCGCUGUGGUGCUUCCCCUCCUAGCCUUGCCUCUGUACCCCAUGGCCGACAAGGUUGCGAAGUCGGAACUGAGGCAGAAGCUACUCAUGUGUUCCCCAGGGCUGCUGUGGCUUGCAAUUAUGUUCUCCAAGCCUCACAAGGAGGAACGUUUUCUCUAUCCGGUCUACCCUUCCAUUUUUCUUGCGGCAGCAUGCACGCUAGACAUCAUCGUGCAGGCUGCUAGUGAGCUCGUGGAGAAGUUUCGUGACGACGCACGGGCGGACAGGAAGCUCCUACCGCAGGCGAUGGCCAUGGCAUGUGUGCUGUUUGCGGCGUGCCUCGGCAUGUGCCGUACUGCAGCCGUCGUUCGAUUCCACAACACUCCAUGCAAUGUCUUCAAGUUUGUCUAUUACCGAGAGUUUCGGUCUUACUGGGAUGGCCCGCAACAUCUCCAGGCCAUCGAGAUGAUGCAGCCCGUUCGUCUCUGUGUAGGGGGCGAGUGGCAUCGGUACCCCAGCAGUUUCUAUAUCCCCAGCGAGAAAAUUGAAGUCAGCUUCCUAAGGUCUGACUUCCACGGACAACUUCCCCAGCCAUUCGCGCCCACCAACGGCACCAAGGCGGAACCUCUGCAGUCCUUCAACGACCUCAACGCACAAGAAGAGGAGAGGUUUGUGACACUAGAUGAGUGUGACUACGUUCUAGCUGCACGGUUCAGAGACUACGACCAGUACUCCACCCGCGCGUCCCAGGCAAUGCAGGACAUACUAAAGACGAAGGAGCAGUGGCAUACGGUUCUGUCACAUAAAUUGCUGGACCCAGAGUUCUCUGAUCCGGCGCUACGUGCCUUCUUCAUCCCCUUCGUCUCGGAGCGCUUUGUGAGGCAUGGAUUCCUCAGCCUGUACCGGAGAGUUGGGAUCGUCUAG